AUGAGCCCAACAUUAUUGGGCAACACCAUUGCCAGAGGUCCGACGGGAGGAGACAGUCAAAACUUCCAGAAGAGGACUUACAGACAGGCUAACCUUGACCAGGCCGAGCCGAGCUCUAACUUAUUCGAGGUGAUAUCUUAUGGCCCCAAUGUCCCCGUCCCCGUUGCUUCUAACAGCCAUGAAACUCUGAGCCUGAAACUGAUCAAGGAGCAGCUCAUCCCCGUGAGAACUCCCCUGGUAGGGUUCGAGGAACAUGUAGUGCACCCUGAAGGGAUGGUUACAUUAACGGUGACUGUGGGACAUCACCCCUGCUGUCGUACCAUUCUCGUCAACUUUGUUAUGGUCAAAGCCGGCUCUCCAUACAACCUAAUCAUGGGCCGACCCACGCUUAAUGUUUUUCGUGCAGUAUACUCCACGUAUCAUUUAAGUUUCAAAUUUUCAAUCCCGGCAGGCAUUGCCGAGCAAAUCGAGAAGCCGAAAAGGGUAGAAACCAGAGAUAAAGUGGAGGAUAUACCCCUAGACCUCUCAAAUCCUGAUCAGACGGUUCGCGUCGACAUUCAUUUGCCCGACUCACUUAGGAGACAAAUGGUGGACCUCCUCAAGGAGCAUCGAGAUAUUUUUGUUUGGGCUACUGAUGAGAUCCAAGGUGUGCCGCAUCACUUCAUGGUAUACGAGUUGAAUAUCAAUCCUCAAGCACGCUCUGUCGAACAAAAGAAAAGACACUUCGGCCCAGAGCGCAGCAAAGCAGUAGGUGAAGAGGUGGAUAAACUCUUGCCUGCGAAGAUGAUCAGGGAGGUGCAGUACCUGACCUGA